AUGUCAAAGUCAAGCGCAAAGGCCCUCAACCUGGCCGUACCCAAAGAUGAUACACUUCUGACGGGCGACAAUCUACUCACUGCAUUGGUCUCUGGUUGUACUGCCGCUGCAUUUACAGCUACAGUCACUUAUCCAUUUGAUUUUAUAAAAACACAACAACAAAUCAACAAUGUUGCGUACAUGAAGAAAUGGAAUAUUCCUGGAAACUAUCCUGCCACUUUAGGCCAGAUGUAUAAAGGUGGUAGUGCAUUGGUUUUGGGUGCUGUUGUCAAGAAUGGGGCGAGAUUAGUUUCAUACAAUUGGGCAUCUAAAUUUAUGUCUAUCGAUUCUCACCACGGGGAGCCAAACAAGACAACAGCGCCACGUAUUGUUAUUGCUGGUAUUAUGAGUGCAACCAUUGAAACCGCAUUUUUGAUACCGUUUGAAAAUAUUAAAAUCACAAUGAUACAGAAUCAAUCCUUGAAAAACGAGUUGGCAAGAACAAAGGACAUAGGGUACGACAUAACAGGGACCAAGGUUGGUCAUCAUACGCACCAUCAUCACCAACACAGCCCUCACACACUAACAUCUAAAUCCCUUUUUGCACGUCAAUAUGUUUCACCUAAUUCAUACUAUUCUGCUGAAAUUUUGGAUACCAAGAAACACAAGGGUCGCUUUCUGGCACCUGUUCCAAAAGGGGUUCAAAAUAUUGAGAAUUUGAAAGCGCACUACAAUAAGCAUCCUUCAUUGACUUUAUUUGGUACUGUUAGAGAAAUGUACAAACUCAAAGGAAUAAGAGCCUUCACAGCUGGUACGUUUAUAACCUACACGCGACAAAUUGCACUUUCAUGGGUUUGGUUUUCAUCAUACAAUGCUAUGCGUCAAUUGAUUAAUCCACAUCAAACUGAAAAUGCUUGGUUUGGACAUAAUCAUACCCUUGUCCAACUGCUUGGCUUACACACGAUAUCGUCUUUUGCUGUAAUUGCAGUCACCCAACCAUUGGAUGUAGUCAAGACCCAUAUGCAACUGAAAAACGGGAAAGCAAUCUACAGAGACUCCUUGAGCACCGCCUAUAAGUUGUUUAUGAAACAAGGACCUUUGUCUUUGUUUAAAGGUGCCCUUCCUAGGUUUAUCAAGGUCUUAGUCAGUGGAGGAAUGACGGGAAUCAUUUAUGAAUAUGUUGAAAACGUGGUUAAUGCUGCUGGUGGUCAAGCAAUGUUCAAACUCGAAUAG